AUGUCAUACCCAUCGGCGGAAACGGCUUGGGUUAAAAACCCGCAACUACGUCUACUCAAUGCUCUACAGGCCAAUGCUAAGCCGAUCAUGACCUUUCUUGGGUUGCCGUCCUUUCGCGCGGCACAAAUCGUCGCGCAGACUGGUGUUGAUGGUAUUAUCAUCGACUGCGAGCAUGGCCAUAUAAGCGAUGAUUCGAUGCACAACGCGACUGCUGCCAUCGCUUCGUUGGGAGUGUCGCCCUUGGUUCGUCUCAGAACGACCCAUGCUGAUUUGAUCAAACAAGCGUUGGACGCCGGUGCCCACGGAAUUGUUGUACCGCAAAUCAAUACUGCCGAAGAAGCCCGGACUGUCGUCUCGCAUGCCAAGUUCCCUCCACAGGGAGUGCGAGGGCAAGGUUCAGCUUUCCCGGCUAUUGCACAUGGGAUCGAUCUGCCAACGUAUAUCAAGACAGCCAACGAAACGCUUAUUACUUGUCUACAAAUUGAGUCGAAAGCUGGAGUUCAGAAUGUCGAAUCAAUCUGUGCUGUUCCUGGUGUUGACAUGAUUUUCAUUGGACCCAACGACCUCGCAUUAUCAAUUCUUGGCUAUGUUCCAGCAAGAGGUGAUGAAGCUGAAUUCGUCGAGGCUAUUGAGAAGAUUGUAGCUGCGGCCAGGAAGCAUGGCAAAUGGGUCUCCCGGUUAUCAAAUACCGGGGCCUUGUGCAAGGAGCAUUUACAGAUCUUCGAUAGUGUGGCGUUGAGUUAUGAUGUUCGUGCGAUUCAAAAUUGGUACACGGCGGAAUUGCAAGUCGCACGCUCUUGA